ACUUAUUUGACAGUUGUUUGCUCACAAAUAGCGAGAAAUUAUUCGAAGGUCAGAACCUGCCUAAAUUCUAAAGCAAACUAAAUAAAUCGACAAUUGAAUUGCUGAAAUAUUAUAAUAAGUGACGUGCUUAAACUUUUUUGGAAUUUUAUCAAUCCCUGGGCUAUUUGUUAAAAGAGUUUUAGAAAUUCACGAAUCGAAUUGGCAGGAUGGCUAACAUGGCAGUUUCUCGCAUAAAGCGGGAAUUUAAGGAAGUUAUGAGAAGUGAAGAAAUUGUGCAAUGCUCUAUCAAAAUUGAAUUAAUCAACGACAGUUGGACAGAACUUCGUGGGGAAAUUGCCGGUCCACCAGAUACUCCGUAUGAAGGAGGAAAAUUUGUUUUAGAGAUUAAAGUGCCGGAAACAUAUCCAUUUAAUCCGCCUAAAGUACGUUUUAUAACAAAAAUCUGGCAUCCAAAUAUAUCCUCAGUAACUGGUGCGAUUUGCCUGGAUAUUUUGAAAGACAAUUGGGCCGCUGCAAUGACAUUGCGAACUGUUUUACUGUCACUUCAAGCUUUAUUGGCUGCUGCAGAACCGGAUGAUCCACAAGACGCAGUAGUGGCAUAUCAAUAUAAAGACAAAUAUCAGCUAUUCCUUAUGACGGCUAAGCAUUGGACAAAUGUAUACGCUGGAGGUCCACACAAAUUUACCGAGUGUGAUACAAAAAUUCAACGUUUAAGAGACAUGGGGAUUGAUGAACAUGAUGCGCGAGCUGUUUUGUCAAAAGAAAACUGGGACUUGGAAAAGGCGACCGAAAGCUUAUUUAGUUAGCUUCUUUUUUAAAUUAUAUAUUUUCUGGAAAGUAAGAAAUUGUCAAAAACAUUGUUGAGCGAGGUUUGAUAUUUAUUUAAAAAAUAAUUACUCAUAUGAUUGAAA